AUGAUCCCAAGAUGUCUGCGAUUGGACUCCACAGAGAAGGUGCUGAGCAUCGAACUUCAUGCAUUCUCAGAUGCAUCACAGGAUGCAUACGGCGCUGUACUUUACGAGCAAACAACCUAUGAGGGAGGACUAGUCAUGUCACGUCUGAUAGUAUCGAAGACCAGAGUGGCCCCAUUAGCUGCAACCAGCAUACCGAGACUUGAGCUGAUGGGAGCGACCUUAGACUUGCAUUUGACUAUGACAGUGAUCGCAGCCUUGCAGGUACCGAUGCAGGAUGUAACCUUAUGGAGCGAUAGCAGCAAUGUUCUGUGGUGGAUAAGAGGAAAGAGCAGACAGUUUAAACCGUUCGUAGCCCAUCGGAUUGGUGAGAUACAGACUAAGACCUGCCCAGAACAGUGGAGGCACAUACCAACAAAGAUGAAUCCUGCGGAUAUCUUAUCAAGAGGAGCAAAAGUUGAAGAGUUGUCAGACAACAGUCUUUGGUGGAACGGGCCAGAGUUCCUGUUGAAGGAGCGUUUUGAAUGGCCAGAACAGAACAUUGGAGAAGACAAGUCGCCAUCGAGUGAGCGGAAGAAAAGCUCAAAUGGAGUUUUUGUAACAGUACUGAAUGCACCACAGCAACAGGACAAGGAGGAGAAUGUUCAAGUUGCCGAUGAAAGAGUUGCACAAGACUGGCAAUUAAACCCAGAGCGCUACUCUAGCUGGGUGAGAUUGACCAGAGUUUCUGCUUGGGUCCAACGUUUCGUUGAUAAUUGCAUACAGCCUGCAGAUCAAAGGAGACAUGGAGAACUCAAUGCAGAGGAGAUCCAAGAGGCCGAACAACAGUUAAUAAAACAAGCUCAGCUAGAGGCUUUUCCGGCAGAAUAG